ACACUUCAAGAAUGAGUCCACCACAAGAUAGAAGUAGAAAUUCCUGCAGCAGUGAGCCUCUGGCAAAGUGCCUUCAAGCAAAGAAGGACUUGGAAACAGCUAUAUCUGGAAUUGUCAAAGCUGAACAACAGAUUAAAGACAACUGGCGGGAGGUCAAAGCCAAGAUUCACAGCCACAUAAGCCGCCACCUGGAAUGCCUGCGCAGUCGCGAAGUUUGGCUCUUUGAGCAGGUAGACCUCAUUCAGCAGCUGAAAGAAGAGGCGUUGCAGCAGCAGGCGCAGCAGCUCUAUUGGUAUUUGGGACAAUUCAAUUGCCUUAUCCAUCAGCUGGAACGCUCCUAUAGUAACGAACUAGCAAACCAGAUUUCAGUUUGCCUGGAGAGACUGGAAAGUCUUACUCUUAAACCAGAGGAGUCUUCCAUCCUGAAUUUUGAGGCUGACACAUCUUACCUUCGCCAGGCUAUUACCUCAUUUGGUUCAAUUAAAACAAUGCAAACCUCAGAGAGAGAGAAUACUUCUCCCUGGUUCCCGGGGCAGAACUGUGCCCUAAUGAACUGUGAGCAGCAGAAAACGUUGUGUGGGACAGUGAGCGCCUCACUUGCUGACUGGUUACUUGGAAGCAGACCAGCGAGUGUGUGCCAGGCUCCGUAUGUUCCCAGCACCAAUCUUGAAGAAUGGGUUACACAAAAAUGUGUGUCAGAGCCCAGCCAGGAUUUAAAUUCUUCCAAAGUCUGUUAUUUUGAGCAAGCCUGGGGAAAUCUGAAAGAUUUAGAAAACUGGCUCCUGCAGAAUCAACAGCGUGAUGCUACUGGGAAGAUGGACUCUCCCGGCCGCAAGGACUCCACCUCAACUUCCAACUCCUCUUUUUCCACUAUUGAAAGGCUGGAGGAACUGGAAUCCCUCGGACAAGAAGAGAUGGACCUUUCUGACUGGCUGGUUACUCCCAACACAGAAAAUGGAAGUAAUGCUUCAGAGGAGAGAUGGAAGUAUGAAUUUAAGCCUUUUAGGGAAGAAUUUAAUUUCAAUGAUUGGCUCCUCAAAGCUGAAACGUGCACCAGUUGUCGUGGCAGCCAGAUCAAAAGUGUUGAAAUUGAGAACCUGGGAAAUCUGAAGUGCCUGAAUGAGCAUCUUGAUGGAAAGAAAUCACCCACUACAUCUGCUGUCAACGCUUGGCUGCUUCAGCAUCCCCAGGCCCCAUUUAAGGUGGAAGAUGUGUGCAAAGCUAAUGAGGUGUGUGCCAGCCUUUCAGAAUGCGUGUGUGAUGAAAACUGUGGAAAAGAGGCUCUGUGUAAAUGGCUUCUGAAGAAAGAAGGGAAGGAUAAAAAUGGAGUUCCAGUCGGCCAGAAAGAUGUACCAAACCCUGAGCAUGAGAAGACCAAGUCUACUGCCGGUAGCUGGCUUAACCCCACACAGCAGCUUACAGGGGAACCCGUUAGUGCAGAGAAAGCAGAUUAUUCGGCAGAGAUCGCAGAACCCUUGAAAGUAUUGCUCGAAAGGCCUCUGACGAGCUGGCUAGCCAAGUCUGAGCACAAAGCAGAAAGCACAGAAGAAAAAUCAAGUAGGGAAAAAGCAGAUAAUAGUGUCAAGAGUCCUUUCCUAGACCUCUUGGCUCCGUUCCACCUCCCCUUGAAUGUAAACAGUUGGGUGUUGGCUUCAAACAACCUAGAAAAUGCUAACCUGCCUCCAGCAGAAGAUAAAUGGCUUCUACGCAAGAAAGCACAAGACUUUGGCCUUCCUACAGUUUGUGACCUUUUUGCUUGUAUGAAACUCAAUGGAGAUAAAGAAAAAUGGCUGUAUCGGACUCCUUUACAGAUGUGAAGAACUGGAAGCAUCGAAAUCAUCCCCUCCCUGCUGAUCAAUCGCACAUCACGCUGAGUGACUGCAGCCAGCUGAAUUCUUGUGUUUGUGUUUGGCCAUCUGCUUUUUCUUCUAAAAUUAUAACAAAAAGAAAGAUUACUCAUAUAACAGAGUUAUGGUGCAGAAGAUGCCUUUUUGUUAUGAUUAAUUCUGAAAUGUAAACCCACUGAGCAUAAGCAAUCCGAUACUAUAGGGGCGUUAGUAAAUUCGUAUCUGUUAUGGGACUACGUGAAUCUUCUUC